GUUUGAACCUCUCUUUUACGAGUUUGCUGCAAGAUAGGUAUAUCGUUGAAACAGGAGAGUUUUAUUAUUCUUCCUCCCGCAGAAGUAUUACGGAUAGCAUUUUGAGAACUGGUGGAUCGAAAAUGAGAUCUCAUAUAUUCAAUGAUUCUCGAGAAAGCUUACUGCCUCGUCGCAAUGCAACUGAACUCACAUGUAUCAAGAUACAUGUUGAAGAGGCUAUUCAGUCUUUUGGCGAAAAUUGCCCACAUUUAGAAGAAGUGAUAGUACGGCACUGUGAGUGGGUAACUGCACGUAUCAUUUGGCUGUUUGCAAAACAUUGUUCCAAUUUGGUUAAAUUAGAUGCCAGAGGAGCGGCAAGAUGUGCGGUGAAAAGGUUAACGUCUCGCGUCUUGGAAGCCUCACCUCCUGUCAUGGAUUCAAUAGGAACCAUCGAUGCUACGGAGCCUGAAGUAGCUUUACGUCACCCAUUUAACAACUUUAUUCUAGUCGAGGCGGUGGAAAUACUUGAAGAACAACAGGGUAUAGAUUGGCCUGAUUUGAGAUACGAAUCUAGACCUGGAAACGAUUCCUUCAACAGCAAUACAUUUGGUUAUAUUGUUGUUCAUAACAAAAACGCGCUAGAUAUUAUUAGAAGUCGCCAUAUAUCGCCCGAAAGCAUACAAACUUUGACUCCUGCCACUGUUUUUCGUGCCAACAAAGAAACCGGUGGAUUUGAUGUGUUACAAAUGAGUUUUAAAUACUCUGAUUUGCUAAAAUACCGCAUAGCGCCGGUUUCGCAAGUUCCCAAGGUUUAUCGUAACCAGUUCCAUAACCAUACGUCUUUAAAGCAUAUCAUUUUUGAAAUUCUCAAAACCGCAAAGCAAGCAUGCGUAACCGAUUUGUCUUGGUUCAAAGAUGAAUCCGAGGAUUAGCAAAAUUUUCAUUUAUCUCACAUAGUGCGAUCAAAACAUAUCCUAUUCCCUUCACAAUUGCUUUGAAGCUCUCUACAGAUGCCUAGAAGCAACUAUACCUCUUUUUUUUUUUUUUUU